CAUCGGGUACUCCCUCCCAACAUAUACUCUCAUAUACUUAAGUAAACCCUGAUCAUCGCCUUCUUUCCCCACCCCCAGCAACCCCCUCAGACCUUUCCUCUGCUGGUCAGAGGAACAUCCUAGUACCAAUAAUUUCUCUCGUCCAAUACAUUGCCGAAAGAUAUGUUCAAGCUUCCUACUUCGAUUUAUUUCUCCCUCUUUAUCUUCGGGUCUUUCUACCUUGUCUCUUCUAUUUCUCCCGCAUGUGCUGCUCCACUCCCUGGGAGUGCUACUCCGGUCAUCUACAAUAUCACAAGUCUCUCGAAUUCCGUGAACUCUUCCAACGAAUAUGGCCUCACAUCCGUUACUCAAAUUAUCGACCGUCGUUCGAAGGGUAAUUUGAACCCUGUCGAGGAAAUGUGGGGUCAGGAAGGUUACAAUCUCUACCGAAACUGGAUGACCAGCUUCUUCCCCGAAGGACUCACCCGUAAAAAUAUAGCCAAAUAUUUUGCGGGAGGCGAUUUCACGAAAUACCUUGGAGUGAAUUUGGCUACUGGUGAGAGUGGUAAAAAAGGGAACUAUAACGCUGGAGUGUACAAGUACACUGGACGUCCGUAUCGCGACAAUCACCCAGAUGAUUUGGUCGUGAAAAUUAUCUCGCGGGCUAGAAGAGGGGAAAGGGUUGACAUCAAUGCGUAUGGCGAAGCCAUGGCUCUUGAUCUUGUUGGACAAUACGUUGAUUCUGGGAAAGUUCCAUGGACAAUUAUGACUAAGGUUACGAACCGGCGAACGGGAACAGUUCAGAUAGUUCCUGAAAAUUUCGACCUCUACGCAAUCAUCAUGAAGCGAGUUGAAGGAGCACCGAUAGAGGAGACACCUGAGUGGAAGGGUGCUAGGACUGAGGCAAGGAAUCGAAUGAUGGCGCACAUGAAGAAGUUAAUUAAGCCACAAGUCAUGGACCUUUGGAGUAAACAUCGAUUAAUUGAUGCCGAUAUCAAUAGGAAUAACAUCCACGUUGUCUUCGAUUCCAGCGGAUGUAUAACGUCUGCCCGUCUCUUUGACUUUGGCUAUCCUGGGAUCAUUUCUGUGAGACCUACGACAAGCGAUCAAGACAUUGAGGAUUGGUUUGACCAAUGCUGGAAGUUUUUUUGGGCAUAACACUAAUCAUUUGUGAGCAGAGUAGCAGAGCUGUAUGUCGGGUAUUGGUCUGUUGUAUUGGUCUGUUACUGUACUGGGUUUCAAAACGAGCCGUCGGGAUAUCCGGAUUGAAUGAGUUGAGAUGAGAUAGCGCUGAGAUAGCGUAGAUUAUUUGACUAGGGUAUUUCCCUACUUGAAGCGUGUGGCCACUGGCGAUCACCUUGAAACAGGGGAGAAUUUAUGAGGACAUCGUAGGACAUCGUUCGUUCAUGGCACCCAAAUCCAUUACAUUCGCGCCGCAUCGCCCUCGGAAUCCGUGGGAAAUUUUAGACCAGCGGCAAUUUUCACGAUCAUCAUCAUGAC